GGCCGGCUGUUUUAGCGAUUGACGCGGCGGUGAUGACCCGUUUGUAUCUGCAGAAUGCAGUCGGCAGGCCGGGCCUCGAAUAACGGCGAUUACGCAGGUUUUCUCUUAGCUUCUGAAAUCUGUCUAAAGCGGUGAUGCAUUCAUGCUAAAGUACCUAAACUGCCAGACUGGUAGGGUUGCUCAGUGUUCUCAAACCUGUCGGACUGGGGGAGGGGCCGUGAACUAUAGUUUGUAUAGAGAUUUCCCUGCGCCCUGCCCCGCCCCGCUUUGGACGCCUGAGUACGUUCACAAAAUACCCAACAUUAAUACCUUACUUGCUGACUGCGCAUGGGACUUUUUAAUAAUAUUUCUCAAGUAUUUGUUUACAGAAGGAAGCGAGGAGAAACUGAAGCGGUGCAAGCCAUGUGUAUAUGAAAAUCAAAAUACUGGGCUGCCUGGUUCUGGGCCGGACGCUGAGCCAACCUAGUGACUUGGAGCUUCGAAGCCAUGGCAACAAAGGAAUCAGAUGCCAAAGCACAGUCAGCCCUCACCUCAUCAGCCAAUCAGAGCAAACAAGCCUAUGAAAAACCAAACUAUGCUCUCAGAUGUACUCUUGUGGGACAUAUGGAAGCUGUAUCAUCAGUUAAGUUUAGUCCUAAUGGAGAGUGGCUAGCAAGUUCUUCUGCUGACAAAGUAAUUAUAAUUUGGGGAGCCUAUGAUGGAAAAAAGGAGAAAAUUCUUCAUGGUCACAGUCUGGAAAUAUCAGAUGUUGACUGGUCAUCAGAUUCCAGUCGUCUUGUUUCUGCCUCAGAUGACAAAACUCUCAAGAUUUGGGAUGUGAGAUCAGGAAAAUGUUUGAAAACACUGAAGGGGCACAGUCAUUAUGUGUUUUGCUGUAAUUUUAAUCCACCAUCCAACCUCAUAAUUUCAGGAUCUUUUGAUGAGAGUGUGAAAAUAUGGGAGGUGAAAACAGGCAAGUGUCUCAAGACUUUGUCUGCUCAUUCUGAUCCAGUUUCUGCUGUUCAUUUUAGUUGUAAUGGGUCCUUGAUAGCAUCAGGUAGUUAUGAUGGCAUCUGUAGAAUCUGGGAUGCUGCAUCAGGUCAGUGUUUAAAAACACUUGUUGAUGAUGAUAACCCUCCCGUCUCUUUUGUAAAAUUUUCUCCAAAUGGUAAAUACAUUCUCAUCGCAACUUUGGAUAAUACUCUUAAACUAUGGGAUUAUAGCAGAGGCAGAUGCCUGAAGACAUACACUGGUCAUAAAAAUGAGAAAUACUGCAUAUUUGCCAAUUUUUCAGUUACUGGUGGGAAGUGGAUUGUGUCUGGUUCAGAGGAUAACCUAGUUUACAUUUGGAACCUUCAGACUAAAGAGAUUGUACAGAAAUUACAAGGUCACACAGAUGUCGUCAUCUCAGCAGCUUGUCAUCCUACAGAAAACAUCAUUGCAUCAGCAGCAUUAGGAAAUGACAAAACAAUUAAACUGUGGAAAAGUAACUACUAAACCCUUUAGAAAUCAAGUAGUAGAGCCAAGUUGGCAAAAAGUUGUAUAUUUUAAAAGAUGAUUUCUCUUAA